AUGGUCGCAAAUUCUACUGGACUUGAGGGUAGCGCGCUAAAGUCGCGUAAGCGCGCUGCUGACUCCGAGUCGGAACCACUGUUGAAACAGGGUCGGCCGUUCCCCAAGCAGCCUCGCAUCAGCUCACAUUUGGACACGACAAGAUGGAGGCUCAAGGACGACGACAGUCGCCACACAUGGCACUACCUUGAAAAUGACGACGAUGUGAAGGAGUGGCCACAGAGUUAUGCCGAGAAAUGGUAUUUGAAUUUGCCUCUGGAUCUCCCUGACCUUCCCACCCCCGACAACCCAUUGGCAGCAGCGGAGAACGGUCUCGACUUUUUCGAAAAGCUUCAACUUCCCAGCGGACAUUGGGGUUGCGAAUAUGGCGGUCCCAUGUUCCUCCUCCCUGGUAUCGUCAUGACUUGGUAUGUUACCAGGACGCCAAUUUCCUCCGCCAAAGCGACCGCGAUCUAUAAAUACAUAUCCGCACGAGCGCAUCCAGUGGACGGUGGCUGGGGUCUACAUAUUGAAGGCGAAAGCAGCGUCUUCGGAACACUGAUGAAUUAUGUGGCCCUCCGACUUCUCGGCGUCGACCCUGAGGACCCAGUUCUGGUCAAGGCCAGAGGAACUCUACACAAGAUGGGAGGAGCAUUGUAUGCGCCACACUGGGCCAAAUUCUGGAUGGCUGUUUUGGGACUCAUGAGCUGGGAUAUCGUCAACCCUGUGCCACCAGAGUUUUGGUUGCUUCCUGAUUGGGUUCCUUUUGCGCCAUGGAGAUGGUGGAUUCACAUUCGAAUGGUGUUCCUACCAAUGGGCUGGCUAUACUCGAAACGAUGGAGCUGCGAAGAGACCGAUGUGAUUCGAUCACUCAAGAAAGAAGUAUUCCUCGAGGAUUACGCCAAGAUAAACUGGUCAAGCCAUCGUAACAGCAUUGGCGCUAUAGACAAUUAUCACCCCAAAUCAUGGUUUCUCAACGCCGCCAAUUGGGUACUUGCCAAUAUAUGGAUGCCCUAUCUGCGACCCAAUUUCCUCAAAGAGAAAGCUGAAGCAUGGGCUAGCAAGCAAGUUGAUAUGGAGGAUGCCAAUACAGGCUAUGCCUGCUUGGCCCCUGUCAACGCUGCUAUGAAUACUGUUAUGUGCUAUGCUCGCGAUGGCCCUGAUAAUUAUGGUGUUCAGAGGCAUAUCGAGCGACUUGAAGAGUAUCUUUGGGUCAAGGACGAAGGCAUGUUGGCCAACGGCACCAAUGGUGUUCAAUGCUGGGACACGGCGUUCUUGAUUCAGGCUGUUUUUGAGGCUGGCCUUCACAAAAACGAGAAGUACCGGCCUAUGCUCAUGAAGUCGCUGCACUACUUGGAACGUCAGCAGAUUCGAGAGGACUGUGCCGAUCAGGAAGUGUGCUAUCGUCAACCGCGAAAGGGUGGCUGGCCAUUCAGCAACAGGGAUCAGGGAUACGGUGUCAGUGAUUGCAUUUCGGAAGCACUCAAGGCUAUUAUUCUUCUGCAAAAGGUGGGCGGCCUUCCUGAGGUUCUCGAAGAUCGACGUCUUUUCGACGCUGUCGAUACUCUGCUCCUGUACCAGAACGACAACGGCGGCAUGUCCUCAUACGAGAAGCGACGAGGAGGCGAAUGGUUGGAGAUGCUCAAUGCCGCUGAGGUUUUUGGUCGUAUCAUGAUUGAAUAUGACUACCCUGAAUGUACAACAGCUUGCGUGACAGCUUUAUCCAUGUUCAACAAGCACUGGCCAGACUACCGAACAGACGAGGUCAGGACACUUAUCCGGACGGCCGCCGAAUGGAUCAAGUCCAACCAAGCACCUGAUGGCAGCUGGUACGGAAGUUGGGGUAUCUGCUUCACAUACGCCGGUAUGUUUGCGCUUGAAAGCAUGAAGCACAUCGGCCAGACAUACGCAACAGGCGAGAAUUCUAGACGCGGUUGCGAUUUCUUCAUCUCCAAGCAGAGAGCUGAUGGCGGAUGGUCAGAAAGCUACAAGGCCUGCGAAACGAUGACCUACGUCGAACAUCCUUCAGGCUCCCUUGUUGUUCAAACAGCCUGGGCUCUGAUCGGACUGAUGGAAGCCGAGUACCCUCACGUGGAACCUUUGAGACGAGGUAUCCAGUUCAUCAUGGACCGUCAGAAGCCCAAUGGAGAGUGGCUGCAGGAGGCAAUCGAGGGUGUCUUCAAUAAGUCAUGCAUGAUUUCGUAUCCCAACUACAAGUUCACCUUCACCAUCAAGGCCCUUGGCAUGUUUGCCAAAAGGUUUCCCGAGGAAAAGCUGCUACCAAGCUGGGCGGUGGCGGAAAACGGAACGAAUGGAGUGAAGACAAAUGGUGUCAAGACCAACGGUGUCAAGGGGAAGGGUAACUAA